UUCUCUUCUCACAUCUUCACGGGGUCGGCACAUUCCUUGCUGUCAGUGAUCCUUUGGGUGCCCCAUGUCCACGCGGUGUGGGCCUGUGUGCGGUCCUGCCCUGCCAACUGUGUGUGCACCCAGGAACGGAGCUGCUCUGUCCUCUGUGACCGUGCUGGCCUGGGGCAGAUCCCCAGUGAAUUCCCCUGCGAAGCCUCCUCUAUUAACUUGGACAAAAACAGCAUCAAAUUCCUCUCUGAGAGGGCCUUCGGUACUUUGCCUUCCCUUAAAUCCCUGUCCCUCAACCACAACAAUAUCUCCUUCAUCACUCCGGGGGCUUUCAAAGGGCUGCCCAGCCUGACAGAGCUGAAGAUGGCCCACAACGAGUACAUCCGCUACCUGCACACACGGACAUUCACUGCUCUCAGGCGGCUGGUCAAAUUGGACCUGGCGGACUGCAACCUCUUCAAUAUCCCAGACAGGAUCUUCAUUGAGCUGCCCUCUCUGCAGGAGCUUUUCUGCUUCCAGAACAACUUCCGAAGGAUCCCAGGUGCCAUUAGGGGUAUGGAGAAUCUGACCCAUGUCUACCUGGAGAGAAACAGGAUCGAAGCGGUAGCCUACAACUCCCUGCAGGGGCUGACCAAGCUAAAAUACCUGAAUCUGCAAGACAACAGGAUAAACGUUGUUCAUGAGCGAGCUUUUCAGGGCUGCCGAAAGAUGGAGUACCUGUACCUGAAUGACAAUUUGAUCAGCGAGCUUCCAGAAAAUUCCUUUGAUGGCCUGAGGUGCCUGAAAAUGCUCAACCUAGGGGGGAAUUUCCUCAGGAAUGUUUCCAACACUUGGUUCAGGGACCUGGUGGAGCUGGAGGUCCUCUAUCUGGACCGCAACAGGAUCAACUACAUUGAGGAGGGGGCUUUCGAGAACCUCACCAGCCUGGUCUCCUUGCACUUGAACAGCAACAACCUGACGACCCUGCCCUUCUCUGUCUUCCAGCCUGUGUACUUCCUGGGACGGCUGUACCUCUUCCGCAACCCCUGGGAGUGUGACUGCCGCAUUGAAUGGCUGAAGGAGUGGAUGGAGAACUACAGACUUGUCAGGGACAUUCCCUGUGCCUCCCCAUCCUCUGUAGCUGGGAUUGACCUAAUGGAUGUGCUCUAUGAUAGAUCACCAGAAGGUUACUGUCUUGACCCCGUGGAGCUAAAUGUCACAUCUGACAGUCCGACUCCUAGCAGCGAGCCUUUCUCUACCACAGAGAGCAAGUUCAACAGCCUUAUUUCUAAACUCUUGCUUCAGAUGGGCCUUCCUGAAGAGGUGGCAAACACUACUGAAGUCUUCAGUAACGCUACACAACUGGAUGGACUCACUGAUGGGGUUACUUCUGGCACAAGGGAAGACAGCAGCAAAGCCAUCUCCUUCUCUUUCCACCUCUCAGCACUUCUUACAGUGGUUAUUUUCCAGAGCAAGUAGUGCAAAGGCUGCCUGAAGCAUGCGUCCUGCUGGAGCAUUUAGUCUUUGUUCCUUCCUUGCACUGCCCAGGGUUGCUACAAAACUUUGCUGGCCCUUUUAAACAGGAGGAUGGUACUUGGGGAGGGUCUGGGGUGAGCAUGGCGUUUUGGGUGUGAUGUCAGAUAAGGAUUUUGUUCUUCUUCUCCCUGCUAUCCUGAGACAUCUGCAGGAAAAACAGAGACACACAUUUUUGUCAAAAAUCUUCUCCAAGGAAAAGCUUUCAACACAACAGUUCACUCCUCAAUGUCUGUUUCAAAUGCUCGAUUCAUUUUUCAAUGAAUAUAUUGUUUCAAGGAAUAUGCUGUUUUUAUUUAUAGGUUAUUUCAUGUCCUGAUAGCAGGAGUGGAAUAUGGCAAUGACAAAUGUAGACAGGCUGUACUGUUUUGUAUUUCUAUCAGUCAUUAAUAUUUAUCACACAAUACUUAACAUACAUAACUUAUCAUAUUGUGGUAUACAUGUUCAUAUAAAAUGAUAGGACAUAUAUAAUCCCUUAUUAGUACUAAAAUGUCA